AACAAGUGGUUCUCGCUAUUCAGCGGGAUUUUGCGCGAGUUGAAAAGCAAGAUGGCAGCGCUCAUAUUGCACGAAUUCAUGAAUGACGUUCGAGUUCCACUUGGUGGAGACAAAAUCUAUAAAGAUGAAUGUGCCUUUUCAUUUGACAACCCUGAGAGUGACACUGGCCUCUACGUCUGCAUGAAGACAUUUCUUGGCUUUGGCAAGGAGCAUGUACUGAGACACUUUCACCGCACUGGAAACAAAGUCUAUCUCCACCUGAAAACUGUCAAAAAGAAGAAGCCAAAGACACACGAGGAAGAAGAAAAACCUAAGCCAACAAGAUUAGCAAUUGGUGUUGAGGGCGGCUUUGAUGUGGAAGAUCAGAACCAGUACGAGUAUGAAGAGAACAAUUCUGUUGUCAUCUUGCCAGACUUCUUGAUGGUACCCUUGCCCAACCAAGACAUCCCUCUCAAGGUGCAACAAGCUGUGAGUGGAAUACUUGCUGCUGAGUCAGCAUCCAGACAGGAACAAGUAGCCUCUUGGGAUGGAGAGGCACGUGUAGUCUCCAAACAUGCUGAGAACCUCCUCCAGUUGGACAAUGGUGUCAAGGUCCCUCCUAGUGGCUGGAAGUGUAGCCGCUGUGACUUGACUGACAACCUCUGGAUGAACCUCACAGAUGGUGCCAUCCUGUGCGGGCGUCGUUACUUUGAUGGAUCUGGUGGCAACAACCAUGCCUUAGAGCACUAUGGAGAAACAAAGUACCCACUAGCUGUCAAGCUGGGCACCAUCACUGCAAAUGGUGCAGAUGUGUUUUCCUAUGAUGAGGAUGACAUGGUGGAGGAUCCCAAGCUAGCUCAGCAUCUGGCUCAUUUUGGAAUAAAUAUGAUGAUAAUGGAAAAGACUGACAAGACCAUGACAGAGCUUGAGAUUGACCUGAACACAAAGAUCGCUGAGUGGGAUGUAAUACAGGAAGCUGGUAGCAAACUGACACCACUGUUUGGAGCAGGUUACACAGGCAUAAGGAACUUGGGAAACAGCUGUUACCUGAACUCAGUGAUGCAAGUGCUUUUCACAGUUCCAGAUUUUAUUCAAAAAUAUGCAAAUCAGACUGAAGCCAUCUUUUCUAUGCCAGUGCAAGACCCCACAUCAGACUUCAACAUUCAGAUGGCCAAGUUAGGUUAUGGUCUGCAGUCAGGCAUUUAUUCCAAGGAGCCUCAGAACAUUGAUGAAAGUGGGGAACCUCAGGAAUUGAGUCAGGAAGGCAUUGCACCGAGAAUGCUUAAAUCUCUGAUUGGACGAGGCCAUCCAGAGUUUUCCACUAAUCGGCAGCAAGAUGCUGAAGAGUUCUUGCACCAUCUGUUUAACAUCAUUGAACGUAAUAGUGUCGGUAGCAGUAACCCAUGCGAUUGCUUCAAAUUUGAGCUGGAGGAGAGAGUACAGUGUGUUCAAUCUGGCCAAGUACGCUAUAAGAAGCGUUCAGACUUCCUGUUGUCAUUACCGAUCCCAUUAGCCGCAGCCAUCAAUAAAGAGGAAGUCGCUGCGUAUGAAGCAAAAAAGAAGGAACUGGAAGCUAGGAAGGAGCACAUUGAUCCCAAGGAGCUGGUCCGACCUCGUAUUCCAAUCUUAGCCUGCUUGGAGGUGUUCAUGGCCCCAGAGACUGUGGAGGAUUUCUUCAGUUCUGCCUUACAGGCCAAAUCUAUUGCUACAAGGAGUGUAAAGUUUGCCACCUUCCCUGAUUUCCUGGUGAUUCAACUGAAGAAGUUUACCCUCACUGAGACCUGGGUUCCAAAGAAACUUGAUGUUGCAGUGGACAUGCCAGAUGAGUUAGAUUUGACAGCCUACAGGGGGCUUGGGCUCCAAUCAGGGGAAGUGGAGUUACCCGAGGGGGACAGCCCACCAGAGCCAGAGCCAGAGAUUAGUGAAGAGACAGUGCAACAAUUAAUGGACAUGGGGUUUGCCAGGGAAGGGUGUCGCAAGGCUGUCUACCACACCAAGAAUUCUGGGGUUGAGGCAGCGAUGAACUGGGUCCUCCAACAUAUGUCUGAUACAGAUUUUGCAGAGCCACUUCAGCUUGGCAGACCCAAGAAGGCACCGGAUUUUGUUGUGAAUGAAGAUGGGGUUGCAAUGAUCCUGAGCAUGGGGUUCAGCAGGGACCAGGCUAUUAGGGCACUCAAAGCAACUGACAACAAUGUAGAGCGAGCAGCAGAUUGGAUAUUCAGCCACCUGGAUGAACCCAUUGCCAUGGAAACAGACCGAGAUGAGGCCCAACCCGUUGCCCCUAAAUGCCGUGAUGGGAAUGGAAAGUACCGGUUGAUGGCAUUCAUCAGUCACAUGGGAACGUCAACCUCCUGCGGUCACUAUGUCUGUCACAUCUUCAAAGAUGGCCGGUGGGUCAUCUACAAUGAUCGUAAAGUUGCCAUAUCAGAACAUCCCCCAAAGGACCUUGGCUACUUGUAUGUGUAUCAGCGUUUGUGAGGCAAGUUGGUAGUGAGUCUUGGUGUGUAUACACAAGUUUAGAAAGUUACUGUAAUCUCAAAAGGUUUACCGCAGGCCUUCCAACCAUGAGACUCACCAGAGUUCUUAGUUCUAAGUCCAAGUGUUUUGGGUGAUUCCUUUGUAUGAGCAGGGAAAGGUUACAUCAGCAGAGUGUGAAAUAUGACAAAAAUUGGCCCAAUAGAAUGUGCUAGCAAUUUUGUUUUGCCAUUAGGAGCUUUUGAGAGGCCAUUUACUGGGGUGACAUGAAAAUGCAUGUUGCGGUAUUAAUGACAUCAGAUCAUAAAAUGUAUACAUAAACCACAGAAGACAGAAAACUUAUUAAACACAGUUAUGAGAUAUUGUAAUAAGAAACGAAAGUGAAGACUAUAAUGUCUAGGUACUGAAGUGUGAAAUUAUUUUCACAUGAUUCUUGCGCUAAUGUCUUUAACACACAUGCUUGUGCACUUGACUUAUUCAUAUCGAUCAGCGUAUUGCGCAGAUCGCACUGCAUACUGUGUGCAACUUUGCCACUUGCCAAUAUCUUAUCACAUGUGCUUCGUGCAUGAUGUGAUGAGAUUGCUCCUUAUGUGGUCAUGAGCUUUUCAAGUUACAAUGUGACAGCCUACUUGUGCAAUAUUUCUUAUUGGAGGAUUUUUUGUCCUCUGACCUCACUUUUUGGAUAGACUUUAGUCUGGAACACACACGACGUAGGUGUUAAUAACUGUUGGAGCAUAAAAACGGCAAAUUUCCCCCCAUCCUAUCCAUGCACAUGUACACGUAGUACAGUAAUUGAACUGAAGUUGACAUGUUUGGACAGAACUAUUGGCAUGUUAUGUAUGUGUGCAGAGACAUUAGUCAGUCAGGACUUGACUUGAAGCCUAUUUGUAAGGAGUUACCAGUACUACAGUCACUUGUACCUGCUCAUUAACUUUACACAUACCAUGCUGUGUACUUGUGAGCCACUGAUCUGCUGUUGAAAUGCAUUGUGUUAAAUAUAUUCCAUGAAAACAAAUGCCCUAGUGUAUUUACGGAUGUUUCCAUAAAACAAGUAACAGACCUGCGCUCAUAAACAUUUACAGAACAUUUACAGCACUUCCACAGUUUGUCAAGCAACUGCGAUAAGUGGUCUAAAAAUGUCCAAUAAUUUCAUGCUCUACAUCAGUUUGUUUGAAAAAAGAGAACUUCCAUGCAAGGCUUAAAACUACAACUGUCCAGUUUAUUUAAUGCCACAAACAUAUAAUCUGGAGACUAGUCAUGUACAUGUAUAUGUCUUUUCUCACACCUUUGCAAAAGCCCCAUUUCCCCUUUUGAUCUUACAUGUCUGCCUGUGGCCUGAUCACUCAAACAUGAUUCGUGUCAAUAGAAGAAAACCUCCAAAGUCACUUAAUAUUUCUGUACAUUUCUGGUUUGUAUGCCAGUUUGAAUGCAAUAGAGAGUAUCAUUUUCCAUUUACAGCAUUUCCAAUGCUGCAUUUAGAUGUCACAUUUAUGAACAGAGCUUACAGUACCCGAUAUGACAAAAUGCUAAACAAGUGUAUCAAUUGCUCAGUUAGACGACAUAUUACAUGUAUGGCAGUGUGGUAGUCAUAUGUCUUUCAGAGUUCAAAAAGAUUAAAAUAUGAAGGUGCAGUAGGAGUCAAUACCUGACAGUACAUUCUGAGUACUAGUGCUUUUGAUUAUGACAUGUUUCUGCAGAAAGACUCCAAGACUGGGAUCUUUUGAAAAUACAUGGAUGUUCUUACAUACCCAUUUCAUGAGUGUCCAAACACUUGUAUUCUAAUUUAACCUUAGCUGGCAUUGCCUUGAUACUUAUAGCCUUAUGCUUUUUUUGUAUGGGCCAAUGUAUUUGGAGACUUGGAGAAGGGCAUGACUGUCUAAUAGUUAUGAGCAAGAUGAUGCCAAAUUAAAAGUGUAGCACACAUUAACAUGAAUAAACUACAACAAAUACUUGGAGAUUUUGGGCUUUUAUUACUGUAUUCUCCCAAAGUGUGAUCACUUGUAUGCUUCAGUGUCUCUCAGUGCACUGUGUAGACGUCUUUUAAACUAAGGAGGCUCAAAUUUAUACUCACCAUAGGAAAAAGGUUCAUAUUUUUCUCAAGUCAACAUAACGUUCCCUGAUUGAACUGCAUCACAAGCUGGGUGGGAUCAUUACUAAUACAUCUAUAAAGAUACUUUCUUGCUCUGCUGUGUGAAUGGAAGACAAAUCAUUCGUUUUGCUCUCUCAUUUUGGGUCCGAAAUUGAAAUUCUUGCUCUUCUUCAUAAACUCUGGAAAACCCCCCAAAAUAGGAUGUAUGCAACCUUUAACUACCCAGACAUUUACGGCAGUACAAAACAACUUCGGAAUGUAAUCAUUAGCCACUGUCUUGCAAAAGCAUCUUAAUACACAAAAGAUUCAUUAAGGCUUUGAUGGGUUCAUCAUCACCCCCUUUGAAUCGUAAAGUAAUGCAGCAUCUAAUGUGACUUGGCACCUAAUGUUGUGCUUCACUAUACUUCACUUAGCAUGCCAAGACCUAAUAUGACAUGACACCUUUCUUGGCAUCAGGACACCUUUUUCUGCUUGCCUUUAUGGACUCCUAUUACAUGGUUGCAUUCAUUCCUUCACACAUCUUAUAAAGUUAGGUAAAAUAAAUCAACUGGCCCCCAUGCCCCUGGUAUUACAAAAUAUCCUAUAAAAGAGCAUAUGCAGUCAUUUGCAAAUGUUUAAAUCCACCUAGAAUUUUGUUUGUAUUUCUGUCACAGGGUGUGCAUUAUAUUGUUUCAUUGAAUGAUUGCAUAAUAUUUUUUUACAGUGGGCCAGACAAUAUCAGAUUGGUGCUAUGAGCGAGCCCAUUUGAAUGAAUAAUGGGGUGCCGUGUCUCAAGCUGGAACAUCUGGUUUGUUUUUCUACCACUCAGUACCACCAAGAAUGGUCCUAAAUAUGCAGACGAACAGCCAUCUAAUGUCAAGGCAUUAGUCAAAGCCAUCAAAGAGGUUUGGGAAAAGGAAAUCUCUGUGGACUACACGUACUGGUAGUCUUUCAUCGCCAGCAUGCCAUGUCGUAUUCAAGAAGUCAUCAGAAAUGGAAGAGGGCAUACUGAAUAUUAGACUCUUAAUAUUUCAAAUCAUGGACAUUUUGUCAAAUAGCUGCUGAACCAAGAUACUAAGGUUAUACAUUGAAUUCAAACAUGAUUGCCAUGAUUAACUGCUUUAAGAUUGGUUUUUCUUCAGGUUAAUGGAUUUUGGAUGGGUGGUCCUAAUCUUUUGAAAAUGACUGCACUAUAAACAAGUAGGUAAGAUCAACAAACCUCCAAAAGUCUCUCGACUCAUACAAAAGUUAACAAGAAGGAAAAUGGAUUGAUCAUAUCAAGAGACCCAAACUAGGGGCAUCUUCAAGUUGGCUAGCCACCUAGCAACACAUUUCAUGUUUUUAGGUAACGUUGAUGCAUGUCAUAGGGAGGGGGUAAACACUCAUUAGGAGCAAGCAGACAAAAUACCCAUGGUAAGGUGAUCAUUUGUGAGAAUUUGGCAUUCUCUGGCAAAUUGGUACCAUACUUAGCAUCCCCCCUCUCCCCCUUUUUCGUUUUUUCUUCCUUUCCCCUGUUUUUAUUUUCAAAUUUAAGGGUAAGCCCCCACCUUGGUUCCCCAAUGCCCAUAACGUUACCCCAUGAUUUAAUCACUGUGGAUUUUUUGCACAUUGAUAUUUUGGAUAAUGAAGGGUGGCAGUUUGACUAGGGCUGGUAUAAUGACAACGCUCAGGUCUUUCAGAGAUGUUACAAACAAUAAUGUGAGGCAAUAUCUAAGAAAACUUUGUGGUAUAAGGCCAAUCAGAAUGGUACUGGUACGCAAUGGUGUCUGGCUGAACAAAGAAAAGGUUAUACCUCAAGCGAGCUGAGUGGGGGGUCAUUGAGGCAGGUUGCAUGGGCAUGAACUUCCUUUCUCUUUCAGUUUGCCUGUUUCAAAUGUCUGCAAAAGUUGUGGUCUCAGCUCAGAAUGCUUGUUUCACCAUAUGACCAAUAGCUAUGCUGUUGAAUGAGCUACAUGAAUUACACUCAAUGUCUAUUGCUCAGUCAGCUGUCUGCUUUCUGCAUGGGUGCUUGAGAAGAUGAAAUGUCAGAUGAGAGAGCACACAGGCUUUUUCAAUUAGCACAUACAGCGGUGGAUACGUGACAAAAAUGUACAUUAAAAAACCCACAAAAUUGCUCACAGAUGCUUAUUUUCACGAAAAAAUGUUUUAGAUGUGGAUACAUUGCAAACUCAUCAUGGCAGUCAUUGUCAAUGGAGAAACCUCAUAACGCCCACCACAUUACCAUUCACUUAACUACAGUAUGGAACAUCUAAUGGACAUUUAAUAGGAGGGAUACAGCACUGCCUGUUUCUGACUCAAGCUACAUUUCUAUUGUCUCUGACAUCAAGAUAAGGUGAUCAUAAUCAGCUAAAGAUGACAGAGAAUUCUGUUGUGUGUCUCCGCAAUUAUGACCCGGUGUCUGAUUUGGCACUGAACAUGACCUGUGUUCAUCCAUCCAGGACAACAGCAUCUCCAGGAGUAUCAGAGGACAUGAUAUCGGCAAUAAGGAAGGGAUUAUAAGGCUUUAGCAUAAAUGGCCCUUCCUUCUAAAUGUUAGUAUCCAUCAGUUAACAUUACAUGCUAGUCAUCAAUGGAAAUUAAAAGAGAAAAUGCUUAAAUUAAAAGUCUGGAAGUAAUUCUGUGUCGAUGAAAUAAAAAAUGUACCUGUAUAAGAUAAGACUAAAGUGAGAGAUGUAAUAAACAGAAGUAGGAAAUAAGAUAUCUACAUCAGGAGAUUGCAGAGUGAAAGGAGACAAAGGAAGAAUUUAAACCUAAGCAUCAUGUAGGUUAACCCUCAAUCAAGCAAACUGUUCAACGGCUCAACUUCAAACUAAUAGGUUUAAUCCCCUUGUUCUUUUUCAGCUUCAUUUCCUGAAGUAAAAGGAGGUUAUGUGAAAAUAAAUUCAAAUAGAUACUGGAAAAAGUGAUACAAGUUGAGAUAAUGAAAACAAACCCCAAUGCAGAAAGUACUGCACAGAAGACGGUGGGAAGUCAAAAACGUGUAUAGAUUUUUUCUCCUAACCAUCGACCAAAUUAUUCGUUUGAUAUGAUAGAUAGGACAUUUUAACAGAAUAACAAAACCCCAAAUUAGGAUGCAAUAAUAGUCAAACUUAAUCUCCUGAAAAAGAAAUCUAAAUGCCGAAAAUCUAUUAAGAAAAAAGCAAUUUGACAAUUCCUUUAAACUGGCCACUUGGAAAUAAAUUUGCAAGGUAUUUUCAGAAAUAUGGA